AUGGAUGCCUCGAAGUCACGGGUUCUAAGCAAUCAGAGUAAACCGGAAAAAGAGCGUCGGAAAUCAGUGGAAGAAAUUGCUCGUGCGUUGAGCAGUUUGCGCGAGCUCCUCACGGACAAGUCUGACACUCGAUUGACCGGUCGUGAACGGGAUGCCGAACUAUCUAAUUCAGAACGAACCAGAAUUAACGAAAUCAUCACAGAUGUCACACAUGAACUGAUCAAUCUGAAUAUGUUGCCACUGUUGAUCGCCAACCUGGACGUAAUCGAAUUUGAGAGUUCGAAACAUGUUGUCGACCUGUUCGGUCAUGUGAUGCGUCGUCAAGUGGGCUCUUACAAUCCGGCUGCUCAAUAUCUGUUGGCUAAUCCAAAUAUCCUAGUCUCGCUCCUUCAAGGCUACUCAAAACCGGACCGAGCAAUUCAUUACGGUGCAGUAAGUUUCAUUCACGCUGUUCGUUUUGAUUAUAAAUUCUAA